AUGGAAUACGAACAAGUGUCUGCCUUAAUUGAAAAAUUUAAAGAUGACAGGUACAUACUAAAAGCUUAUAACAAAAUAUAUAACUGUAAUAACUGCACAUUUUACAGAAAUGUAAAAAUAGAAGAAAUUGAAAGGUGGAGUUACACGAGCGAAAAGACGUGCAAUACAGGGGGUAGUAAUGGCCAAGUUCGUGGUCGCACCCUGAUAAACAUUAUAAACGAUGAAGGAAGAGAAACAGGUAAGGUUGACGAUAAAGGUGAUAAUGAUGAUGAUUUAAGGAAUAUUAUCGAAAUUGUAAACAGAACGCUGUAUUUUUACACAAACGAAACUUUAAACAAAUUUAGCGAAAAUAAUAAAGAGCUAGUUGACAUAUACAACCAAAUAGAUAACUGUAACAAAAUAUGCCUUGAUGUCGAUGUAAUAUUAAAUAAACAUAAAAAUGAUAUAAAGUACAUUUCUGAAGACAUAAAUAAAAUACAAGAAUUAACAGAAAAUAUGGAUGAUAAAUUAAAAAAUAGAAAAUUAACAUUAGAACUGUUAAAUACGUUUAUAAAAAUUAUAUUAGUUACACCACAACUAAUAUAUGAUAUAUGUAAUGGUGAAAUUAAUGAAAAUUUUGUAAAAAAUGUAAUCAUAUUAACAAAAAAAAUGGAAAAUUGUAAACAUUGUUUGUAUGAUUUUUACCCUAGUAUAAAAUUUUCCUAUAUAGAAUUAGAAAAACUAAAAAAUAAAGCCAUCGAUAGAAUAUACUCAUUUUUUAUUCGCAAACUUAAUGAUAUAAGAAAUAAAAAAAUUAAUAUUCAUUUAAUUCAACAAAAUUUAAUAAAAUUUCACGAACUUAAUAAUUUUCUUUAUAAUAAUAAUAGAAAUUUGUAUGCCUACUUAAUAAAAGAAUAUAUAAAUAUUAUGAACAGGACCUAUCACAACCUUUUCAAAAGCUAUAUUACCAACUUGCAAAGGAAAAAGAUCGAGUUCAAUAAUGAACUAACCAUAGGAUUUUCUUGUUCCUACGGUAAUCACCUAGGAGGAAAUAGCAGUGCCAGUAGCAGCGGCAAAAUAAGCGGCGGUAAUAUAAGCGGAAGAAACAUAAGCGGAGGAAACAUAAGCGGAGGAAACAUAAGCGGAGGAAACAUAAGCGGAGGAAACAUAAGCGGCGGUAAUUACAUCAGUGGAGGCAGCUUGUACAGUAUUAGCGCGAACAGCAGCAGCAACGUGAGUCUGUUGUCGGCGAAGAACAAAAUGAUGAACAUACUCGGCUUUAACACAAAGACUAACAACUCCAGUGAGAGAAAGGAGUGCCUGUUUUUGUUAAAUAAUAGAACUAAAAUUUUGAGUGAUUUAGAUUAUUAUUCCAAUGCAAAAUGUUCGGAAAUGCUUGACAGUUCGGAAAUUCCGAACCGUUCAGAAUUGUCUAACCGUUCAGAAUUACCUGACCAUUCAGAAUUGCCUAACCGUUCAGAAUUGCCUAACCGUUCAGAAUUGCCUAACCGUUCAGAAUUGCCUAACCGUUCAGAAUUGCCUGACCAUUCAGAAUUAUCUGACCGUGCAAGUACUUUACCUGUCAUUUUCACCACAGACAAUUCGCAGUACUUUUUUGAGGAGAUCUACAAAUCGGUGAGCAAAUUAUUUUUAGAUACAGGAACUACGGAAUAUUUAUUUCUUAUAAAAUUUUUCAGGAAUUAUGAAAACCAUGAUUUUUUGUUUUUAGAAAUAUAUUCCAAAACUAUAUCGCUGUGUUUUGAUUUUACUUAUUAUUAUAUGAAUAGUACCUUUGAUUUUAUUUCUCUUUUUAUUAUUUAUAUGAUUAAUAUGCAUAAUGCGUAUAUAAUCAAGAGUAGAAAAAUAUUCCCCUUAUACGAAUUUAUUGACAAGCUUCAGAAUUUAAUAUGGAAUAGGAUAUAUUUCAUUAUUAGUGAAAAUAUUGCCUCCCUGGAUUUUAGCAGUCGAUACAGCAGCUAUGGAAGUUACAGUCACUACUACGACUACUACAACUACUACUAUCAUGUGAGCGCCGAUAAUACAAAAGGAUAUAACAAGAAAUCUCUUUAUGAUUUAUUAUACACAAACAACGUAAAGUAUAGUGCAAUAAGUAGAAACAGCAACAUGGCCCCGUUAAAGGCGGAUAUGAGCAGUAGUAAUAAUAAUGCUGCUACUAAUAGUAGUAGUACUACUAGUAAUAACAACAGUAAUAGCAACAACAAUGACUUUCCGAAGUCCAAGGCUUCUGCGAACGCGCAUCUUGAAAAGGCAGAAAUAGAGGUAGAGAGAAAAAGAAGCUCCUUACAGCAUAUUCCUAAUAUUCAACCAGUGAACAUCAGUGAACCAGAAAAAAUGAACUAUGGGAUAUCUGCCCCCUUAUGUGAUACGGAAAAAAUGAAUAUGAUUAAUAGUAGUACCCCUACAAUGUUUGUAAAAACACAGACACAUCCUAUAACCAAAAAGUUUUCAGAUUUUUAUUGCUCCUUAACGAUACUGAGUGAGUUCUGUUUCAAUUUUGAAAAAUAUUACAACGAAAUAAAUUGUGAGAAAAAAGAAAAAGAAAACUCAACAGAAGCUAGCUAUACGGAAAAAUCUGACAAUUCUUUAAAUGUAGAAAAAAAAGAAAAAAAAAUUAAAAAAUUAUCAAAAUUACCAAACGAGGAAACUAUGACAUAUUUGCAUAUGGAAGAGGAAAAUAAACUAAUUAAAAAUUAUUACUGUUCAGAAUAUUGUCAGACGGAGGGAAUUGAACAAAGUUACCAAAGUAAAGAACAUGAUGGGAAAACAGCUACGCAUGAUGGGGAAAUAGCUACAUCGUAUGAAAAUAAAGUAAACAAAAAAGAAGGAAAAGAUGAAAAGGUGGCAGCAUCUUACGAUAUGAAUAUGUGUAAUGUAAAAAUUGAUGAUCAUACAAAAAAUGAUAGAAAUGAUGAAAUUAUUGUAACGCUUGACGAUGGUAACCCGCAUAAUGGUGUUUCAAAUGUAAAAGGAGGUAACUGUUCCUUUACAAAUGAAAGCAACACAACUGUAGAUUGUACCAAAAAAACAAGUACUAAUAAUUCUCCCAUUAGUAAAGAAAAAAAAUCAGAAAAUGUUCAAAAAAUUAUGAACAGUUCAUGUAAUUCGGAAGCGAAUGACCAAGAAGGGGAAACCAUUCUCCAAAAAGGAACAGAAGUAACGAAGGCGGCGAACAAAUCGAAGGCAGAGAAAGAACCAAGUUUGCCAGGUACACAUUCGGACAACAUAUUGGAAAAACAAACCAACAGUAGCAAUAACCUUACACAGAAAUAUAAAAAUCUAAAUCGUGUUAUCAUAAAACUUGAAGAAGUUAUCACCGAAACACUGCUCUACUUAACGAAUGAAAUUUUACACAAAAAUGAUAAAUUAUUAUUUUUAAUAAACAAUUAUUAUCACAUAGUAAAUGUGUUAAGGGGAAAUAAAAUGAACGAAGACAAAAUAGCUAGAUAUGAAAGUUUAUUACAGAAUGAAAUAUCUUCAUAUAUAGACUAUCAGCUGAACGAAUAUAUAAAGGAUAUAAUUCUCUUUGUACAUAAACAUGAACCAAUAGUUCAGAAUAUGAAAGAAGAGGAAAAUGAUAUUAUUUAUCAUAUUGAUGUAAAAUUAAUGGAGACGAUUGCCAUUAAUUUCACUAGACAAUGGAAAAACAUGCUCAAAGAUAUUAAACAAAAUGUUAUUCGUUCCUUUACAAAUUUUGAUAAUUCUUUGCAUAUAUUGAAAAUGCUAAAUACACAUAUUCUUUUAUACUUUACAAGAUAUUCUCAACUAGUCAAGAAAAUUUUUUCCAACUUACAAACUCCAUCAUAUAUUCAGAAUUUGCCAUCUGUUGAUGUAGUCUUAGUGCAAAUUAAAAAAGAUGCCAAAAAUAUUGACUCCUAA